UACCUAAAUAAUACGCAUAUAACGUCGAGUUUGAUCGUACUUUAAAGUACUGAAUGAGGCUGGCUACUCUUUCAGCGCGGUGACCUUGAUUCCAUUUCUUGAAUUGAUUCGAAGAAAAUUUACUUGCGUUCCUCAUGUUGAAUAUCCUUGAAUAAUUGAAAUGUAUUAUCCCUGACUGGAAUAGCGGUAAAACACUUCCAUCUUUCUUAAAGGUUUUGUUCCUGGUUAAAUUUUUGAAUCUUUCUGAUGUACGAUAGUAAUUUUGUUCGUAUUCGUUUUGGUGGUUUCUGUUUCCGUUGCGGAAAUAACUGAAUUGGUUCCUUUGGAACGUCCGCCGGCUAGUGGAGUCUCUACGGUCUUUAUAAAUAAAGUUUACAUCACAAAGUCCAAGAGCGUCUCUUUUAAACACAAAUUGACUAUAGGGAUAAGCAACGACGAUGUUCUGAUCAAAGCGCACUGAUGUUGCAUUUAAUAUCUCAUUGACAGAUCUAAAAUCGUGAUAAGACCUUGCCGUUAGGAGCCAGUCAUAAGAUGAAGUGUCCAUUUUCAAUUCAUGAAGCUAAAAAGAUAAAGAUAUAAAUCGUUAAAUUGUCAGAAGAAGGCGCGAUAAACUUAGGUUAAUGUACGUUACUUAAUAAAAGUUACCUUUUUAACGAGUUUUGUAACAUUUUCUGUAGCAUUUCGUCUAAAACGAGGUAACAGGACAAUAAUUCCUAGGUUUGCUCGUAUCCGAAUGUUGUCCAGUGAGUCUAAAGAGGAGCCCACCCCGUUGAUACUGAGACACUUCAUAAGGCGGACUAUGGACCACUGGCAACCUACAAUUAUAACACAAAUAAAUCUUAUAUAUGCCUAAGAUGUUAUCCUCAUAACAGAAUUUAUGUCUGUAAUACGAUAUUGAUAGACAUUAACAUCAUUAUGUAACAUAUGUUCUCUUAAAUUUGCUUAUCGUAGUAUCGAGGCUUUGCACGUUUUACUUUACUACAUUUUCAUUUACUGUGAACCUAAGAUAGCGUAAAGAAAGGAAUUUACUUAUCCCCUGUGUAUGAUGAUAUUGGAGAGGGCUGACAUAUAACCCGGACAACACAGUCUCCCUUUGGAAAACCUAAAUAUCGAAUAUUUCGAGAUAAUAGCGCUUCGGUUAUUGGAGACAGGUCUUCUUAUUCACACAUCAUUAUAAAAAUAACCUUUUUAUUUACAUCUGUUUACUUAAUAUUCACGCGUUUGCAUUAAAUACUUAUAACUAAGAUGUUUGAAUACAGUUCACUAGUCUCUUAGUGUCGAAAUAGAUAGGCACAAAUAUUUUUAUAGAUUUCAUAAUACAACCAUUAAACAAACAAGCCGUUUUUGUCUAGAUCUUGGAUAUGUGACAAAACAUAAAAUGUCACAUUUACUACUUUAAUCUGUCGAGCAAUUUAAACUGCAAUAAAGCAAAAAUCAAUUUCAACUAAAUCGUUACUUUGAUAUUGUCCAUUGUUUAGACCGAGAUUAUUCUUCACGUCAUCAUAUUUCUUUGUGGAUUUAAUAUAUUGAAGCUAGGAGCGGUAUUCGUGUCACGUUGCGCAUUAGGCAUAUAUGCGGCUUCCAUGGGUCUGAUCGGUUUGAUGGAGAUCGAUUCAAUGAUUCACAAUAGCGAUUUAUGAACAUAGUUAUCAGUAUUCAACGUCUUUGGUGAAAGUACGUGACAAGGUAUACGGUGGUCAGAUUGUGUACUGUACCUCAGACACGUAGGGUAAACAAACGUGAUCGGUGGUCACCACGCUCACAUACAUUUUGUGCAUUGCACAGAUGUGAGUACGCCUGAAUCACACGUGAAUCGAUUGUGGUGCUUGGAUUAUUUAAAUGUUGUGGAUUGUUUAGUGUUUUAUGUAAACCGGUGAGAUAUUGUCUUCUACAAUGGCUCCCAUCACCUUCACCGAGACUGAGUUAAUAGAACCCCUGCACACAAACGACUUCAUAGAAUACAAACUCACUCAGCCAGCUAAAGAAAAAGAUGAAGACACGAAGGCCAACGGGAAGGGAUACACACUCAGCAGCUAUGAGCAAAUGCUUAAUAAGCAUGACCCCAAGUUCUUGGCGCCGGUGCGAGCGUGGGAGAGGCGAAUGGGAUUCCUGACGCCGAUCAGAUGGGUCAACGCUAUCAGCAUAACUCUGUUCCAUCUCGUGGCUGUCAUUUGGCUCUUCCACUACAUGUUCCUCAGCAACAAACCGUUUAGAUGGCAGACUGUUUCGUUCGGUAUGUUCCUUGGUGUAGUUGCUGGCUUCGGCGUCACUGGCGGAGUGCACAGAUACUGGUGUCAUCGCUCCUACAAAGCUAAAUUACCACUACAGUGGAUCCUUUUACUAUGCUAUUCGAUAGCUGGUCAGAACACCAUAUUCGAAUGGGUACGGGACCACCGGGUGCACCACAAGUACUCUGAGUCAUCAGCAGACCCUCACGACGCCAACCGCGGCUUCUUCUUUGCCCACGUCGGUUGGCUCAUGAUGAAGAAACACCCUGACGUGCUGAAGAAGGGCGACCAGCUGGACAUGAGUGACAUCACUAAUGAUCCUCUUAUUCAGUUCCAUACCAAAUAUUUCAUGCUAUUCAAGGUAGCGUGCUGCUGGGUCAUACCGUCGAUAAUACCAGCGCUGUUCUGGAACGAGAGCUGGGAAACUUCCAUCAUGUCGCAGGCUGUAUUACGGUACUUGUUGAGCCUCAACUUUACGUGGUCAGUCAACAGCUUUGCUCACCUAUGGGGCAACAAGCCUUACGACAAAUACAUCAUGCCAGUUGAAAAUUGGUUAGUUUCUCUUGUAGCAAUAGGCGAGGGCUGGCAUAACUACCACCACACCUUCCCGUGGGACUAUAAGGCUGCAGAACUUGGAAUACCUAUGAACCUCACCACAUCUUUGUUGAAUUAUUUUGCGAGCAUUGGCUGGGCUUAUGACUUGAAGACGGCGUCGCCAUCACUUGUGAGGGCGGUGGCAAAAGCCCGCGGAGAACCGCAGGAAGAAUUAGAUUAAAACACCCGUGUUUUACAUUAAAUUGUAGGCCAUUCAAUUGGGCAAUAAAUUACCUAUAAACUGUUACCUAUAACAUCAGACAAAAACGCGCGACUUUUUGUCGAUUAAUGAAUUCGAAACUUAAUAGCUUUUUUGAUAUUCAUAUUUUGUAUUUUCGAAUUCGUUAUCAGUCAAAUUUGUCUAAGUUUAAAAUGGAGUACAUGCAAGAAAACUAACGAACUACCCUCUUUUAUGAUAGGUAUGACAGAGAAGGGUAGAAUACCUAAAUCAUUUGUUAUGCGAUAAUAGUCAAAUAGGUAGACUACUAAGCACCACACUAUCAUGCAUACAAUAGUGAUAAUAUUUAUUGUUAUUUGGGUGUUCGUUUCUUUGAUAGUUAUUAUAAAUGUUAGAUGGUGACAAACCAGUAUAAUGAUUGUGCUCAAUUAUAAUUACUAAUAAGUUACUCUAGUAUAAGUAUUUACCUCACUGUUUAGUUAUACCGUGCAGGUACCAGCGCCAAGACUUGGCAAACGUGAUCUUAGAUAAUAUUUAUGGUGUACUGAAUUUUACAUAAAUAGAGAAAUAUACGUAGGUAUUAUUCAUUAAGUCCUUUGUCUAUGUAACUAAUUAUUAAGUUCAUAGUUAAAUAAAUAAAAGUAUAAAACCUG